AUGUUCUUGAUCAAGUGGUUUUCCCGUGUUAUUUCUUCGAUUAUGAUGAUGCUGGUUAUGCUGGCGACUGUGAGUUUUUUUUUUGGGAGUUAGGGGAAGUUAGUUGUAUAGUUUAAGGUCUGAUUGGAAAUUUUAGUGACUUAUAUUAAAGCCGGUUUGACAGCUUUUUCAAUUUUUCUCGAAGCAUAGUGGCAAAAAUAGUUUUACAUAAAAGAAUCCAGAAAAAAUUUCGAAAUCGUGAGUAAAUACUUUUGAAAAUUUCAAAUUGCCGCCACGUCCAACGGAUUGAUGUGUGCAAUCACUGCGACGCACUUUUGCGUACAGGAAGAUUUGGAUUUCUAUAUUUUCACAAUAUUUCAUCUCUAUCUUUUGUUCGGUUCAAGCUUAAGUCUAACCGCUUUUAAAUAGAGAAAUUUGUGACCGAAAAUUCUUUGACUGGCUUGUGAUGUUCACAAAAAACAUUUGAUCUAACUUAACAUUUGUCAAAAACCCCUUGUUAGCUAAAAAAUCUAUCCCGAAUAUUUCCAGCAAUCAUUCUGCGACACAUAUUCCAAAACUGGACCCGGCCUCCAAUCCAUCUGCCAAGCAAUCACCCCAGAAUACGGAAAAACACAUUUGGAUUUCAUCCAAAUGAUCAUCUUGUUUGCUGCUAUUAUUUGGAUUCUCAAAUUUGGUGAUGCUGUUGCCAAGUUUGUUGAGAGAUGUUUCGCGAAAUUGGGAUUUCAUUGCACAUAUUGAAAAAAUCUUUUUUUCCCAUUGCUCAUCUUAAUCUUCAGUUGUUUUCAGUAAUUUUAAAGGUGCCAUUCGGUCCUAAAUAUUUUUUUUUGAAAAUUCAAAAUUUGCAUUGCUCAGAUUAAUUUUGAAUUCUUAUUGCUCAUGUUAUUCAUUUGUAUUUGUAAUAGUAAUGUUAAAGGUCCCCUUUUUUUAUAAUUAAAAAUUAAUUGUUCCCAAAAAAUGUUGUAAUGUUUUUUUUUUGAAAAAUAAAAUAUAUUUGAUUCGCAAUUAUUUUUCAAACUUUAUAUGUUUUUUGCUAUGUUUAAAAUCAUAGAAGAAUUAUUUUUUCCUAACAAACUUUAUAAUUACAAUUAAAUUCCUUUUCAGAAUUCCAAAACAAAAUGGUCAGUCCAAAAAUAAUUGGAUUAAUUGUCCAUCUUUUUGGAAGGUUCAUUGCGAGUUUUACACUUUUUGUCAUUUUUAUGUGGAUGGUGAGUUGCAGAGGGCCAGGGCCUGAUUCCGGGCCGUUUUUCAAACCUCCAAAAAUUCCAAAUAUUUUCCAGCAAGCUUUCUGCUACAAAAAUCCUGACCCGCAGAUGAAAUCAUUUUGUUCAUUGAUCAGUGGCCAAGCAUCAGAUAUGGAAUCUCUUUACCUGACUGGUUUUUGCGUUUUUUCAAUCCACAAACUGAUCGUUUGGUUCGUCGACAAUACUUAUAGACAAUUGAGAAUCUAA